AUGUCACAAUUAUGUUCGAUUGAGAAUUGCAUCAGAACAUCACGUGGACUGUGUGAUUGUUGUCAGCAAUAUCUUUGUUUACAACAUUUAAAUGAACAUAAUGCUUUACUCAUUUCUCAACUGAAUCCAUUAACUGAUGAAAUUAAUGCAUUGGGGUAUCGUCUUCAAACACUAAACAUUCAAGAAACAAUUCAAAAUGGUCGUCUAAAACUUGAACAAUGGCGUCAAGAUUGUUAUCAGAAAAUUGAUUCUUAUUUUGAACAAAAAUGUCAAGAACUUGAUCAACUUGUUAAUGAAACAGUUGAUCAACAACAAGACGAACUCAAUCGAAUACAACUGAAGAUCACUGAACUCAUCAAUGAACAAGAAACAACGGGUGAAGAUAUUGAUUUAUUGAAAUCAACUAUUCAUCAGCUAGAAUUAAGUAUGAAUAAUAUCGAACAAACAUGGUUUACGAUCAAUACUCGUCCAUUAUUGAUAGAUAACAAAUACGUUUUAAUUAAGAAACUAGCUGAACAUGAAUUUGAUCUAUCAACUCUUUCACCCGUUUACAAAACGAUUGAUCGUUCUGCUGAAAGUGUUAGGUUACUAAUGUGCAAUGAUCGAUACUUAUUGAUGCAUCAACAUCCAAAUUUAUGUUUAUUUGAUCGAGAACUGAACUUAGUCAAACAAACGUUAUGGUCUUACGGAGAAAUUCAAGACAUGUGUUGGUCGUCAACAUUAGAUCGCUUCAUUCUGCUUGGAGAAAAUAACAUCUUUCUUGUAGACGAAAAUACAAUGUCAAUUAAUAAUGUGCUAAGCAUUGACGAACGAGACUUGAUAUCAUGUACAUGUUCUGAUACAGUUCUAUUUGCAAGCACAAAUGAACGGGCUUCAUCUAUUAUGGAAUUUAAACUCCUUCCAACAAUUGAAUUAAUUGGAGAAUGGAAACAUCCUCUUACAUGUGACAAAGAUGAAACUAUCUGUGAUAUUGUUUACAAUAAUGGAAAUCUUGCUCUAAUGAUUAUGAAUUUAUCUGAGGAAUCGGCAAAUAAAACAUCAAAUUCAAUUGAUCAAUAA